GAUAACUAGCUCACUACUGUAAGGUGCAUACUUUCAUUCACCACAUUGCUGACCCUGGACAUUUUCCAAGCAUAAUCGUGAGAUCUGAAAUAAUGGAUCACUCGCACAUCACAUAAUGCACCCCUUGCACUCUGUCAGGCGGCGGUGAUGAUUCUGGGCGUUAUUAGGAGUGUCUAGUUUUCAUUCUCCUCAUCUCUUCCACCUCUAGCCGUGUCAAUUCAUUGUAUCUGGAGUUGUAGUAUGUCUCUGCAGCCGAGUGCGCAGCGUCGCUACAUCAAUCACUUUCACAGCGCCUUGCUGGAGCGACAACCCCUGCCAGCGCUCAGCCUAUCAAUCAUACAUGUGAAGAAUGAGUCCCUACAAGUAAAAUAAUGGGUUCUUUCGAAAAGUUUUUUUAUCUCCUAUGCUUGGCUGCAUCUCUUCAAGCAGGUGUCGUUGCUCAGAUUUUUACUGAUGGAGAGGCCAAUGCAUUUCAGAUUCCUUCCUGGCACUUUUCAUUGUCCUGCAACCUGUAUAAUGAGUCCGAUGCAGGAAUAAAUCCCUCUCAGAGAAGUCUAGGCAACAUUAACAAGCAAACAAACAAGCAAACUGCCAUGAGCCCCCAUAAUACUGACCUGGUUGGAUCAGGCAUCAGGAAUGAAACGCGUUGCCAUCUUUGGAGUGACAUUAACAGUCAGAGAUCUCUUUGUGAUGACAAGGCUAUGGAAGUCUUCUGUUUGAACAUCCUGUGCUGGGUUGAUGGAAACCUGAGCCAUUUAACUUGUAAUCUGAUGCCAAGCAGCAGACCGCCAGGCACAAACAUGUUAUCUGCAGUGAGGCUGCAUUAUGAAAUAUCAGACUCCUCUUCGGAGGGUUUGUCUGGGGGACACAGAGAAGCUGUUAUUCUUGCUGAUCAAUGCAGCUGUUCUGGGGAGGAAGCCCUGCAGUGUGUCAUACCUGGGAUCAGCAUGAAUUACACCUACACCCUGCUCCUAUCAGUCACACAUCACCAGAGCCGUGUCGAGGCUCCAGCCAUUCAAGCCACUCCAAGAGACCUUGUGAAGCCUCACCCACCACGUAGCCUGCAGUACGAGAUGACUGCAGAGGGGGAGUCGAGGAUCAGCUGGAGAAGCCCACAGCCAGCACCUUACGAUCUGCAAUAUGAAGUCCGCUAUUCUGCAAGUGCUACUGAAAAAGCCUGGACGAGUAUAGAAGGUGUCUUGGAGGCGUAUGUGACUCCUGGUGAUUUGAAAGCUGGCUUGGAUUAUACUGCUCAGGCUCGCUGCAAGAGGGACAGGGGGCCUGGUCUCUGGAGUAGCUGGAGUGAACCCCUCUAUAUAAGGGUGCAUGAAGUGACAUAUAUUCCUGCAACAGUGCUGACUGCUGCUGGUUCGAAUGUAACUGUAUACUGCGUAUUUAAUAACCGGAGCCCCAGUGUAAAAAAGGUGGUGUGGUGGCUGAAUGCAUCCGAAAAAGUUCCUGAAAAGCUGUAUACUGUGGUGAAUGACCAUGUGAGCAGGGUCACCCUGCCUAAUGUGAGCCCUUCAAAACCCAGAACUUAUCACCUGUUACAGUGUUGCCAGCAAACAGGCGAAACAUCAGACUGCAACUACCGCUAUGCUCAAAUCUAUGCUGUCGAUGUCAACUUUCUGAUCUCUUGUGAAACCAAUGGAUUCCAAACCAACAUGACUUGCAAAUGGAAUCCUAAUGGAAUACAGCUGCCCCAGGGAAGCAGUGUCCGGUUCAUAUACCAUAUUAGGAAUGACAUCUCUUGUGAUACCCUGCAAGAUGACCUGCAUGGCGCUGAUGCAAAGGAGUGCCAGCUAGGCGUUCAUGACGAGUGCACAUUUCAACCCCUUUACCUGUAUUUUUGCCACAUAAUGUGGAUUGAGAUCCACUACAAUCUGGUAACAGUGAGAUCUCACCCAGCAUACAUCACUCCAAUGGAUGUGGUAAAGCCAGAUCCUCCUUUCAAUGUAAAAGCAGAGAUCACUCGGACUGGAGGAUUCUUGAAUGUGACCUGGGAGAGAAGAGAGCUGCCUGUCUAUGAUCUUCAGUUUGAGGUUCGCUACUCUGGAGAGGAGCAGGACAGGAAAUGGAAGACCCUUGGCAGUGUAUAUAAUGAACAGGCUUUGAUGGAAGUGGCGGAUCCCUGUGUUGUCUAUGUGGUUCAGGUCCGUUGUAAGAGGCACAAUGGGACUGGACACUGGAGCACAUGGAGUAGCCCAGUGAACACUAGGGUUAAUGAUAUUAGGGCUCCAGCAAGGGGUCCAGAUUUUUGGAGAGUAAUCCACGAGGACACUGUGACCAAGCAAGCAAAUGUUACUCUGUUAUUGAAGCCUCUGAAUAUAAAAGAAGUCCUCUGUACUGUGAAGGGCUUCAGAGUCCAGCAUCAAACCUCCAGUGGCUCCAUGUGGUCUGAUGACCUGAGCAGCCCCACUGCCUAUAGUUUUCCCUGGACAGAAGACUUUCACAGUGUGUCAGUCAUAGCCUUCAACUCCUUGGGAUCUUCAACGGAAAACUACAUUUUAAAUGUAUCAAGGCAUGCGAGAAAAAUACAGUGUGUUCAGUCUUUCCGUGCAUCCAUUGUAAACAGCAGUUGUGCAGCACUUUCAUGGAAACUCCUACCAGGCAGCCCUCUUCCUGAGUCUUUCGUUAUUGAAUGGGAACAUCAAAAGAAAGGAGGAGGAGGAGGAGGAGGAGGAGGAGGAGGAGGGGAGGACAGCUUUAAAUGGGUACGAGCUCCUUCAAACCAGGCCGCCAAAUACUACUUAUCUGAUGCCUUUUUUGUACAUGAUGCGUACAGGUUUAUUCUGUACCCAAUAUUCCCAGAAGGGGAGGGAUGGCCAGAGAAGUUUUACAUAAACAAUAAAGGUGACAAUGGGAGAAGCAGAGGAGAAGGAGCAGCCUACAUACUACUUCUUAUAAUUGCUUUUCUGUCAGCUGUUCUGCUUGUGACACUUGCAAUCUCCCAACACCAAAUGAAAAAGCUGGUUUGGAAAGAUGUGCCUAAUCCUAAUAAUUGCUCCUGGGCUCAAGGAGUGGACUUUAAAAAGGCAGAAACCAUCAGAAACCUCUUUAAGCACCACGAGAGGCUGACAUCUGGCCCGCUUCUCUUGGAAUCAGAUAGAAUUUCCGAAGCUGUAAUAGUUGAGAAAAUGAAACAAAGUGUGGAGGAGAAGGAGACCAGAGUUGCCUUGGAUGUCCCACUGAGCCAAAGUCAUGAACCGCAGCAGGAUCCCCCCCCUUCUGAGCAACACAGCCACACUGAAGAAGAGGAGAGGGAGCAGGUUGUCUACCCAGAGAGUUCAGGAGAGCCCCAAAUAGAAUACGCCACCAUUCUGAUCCCGGGAGAGCACAGCGAUCUAUACAAACAGCAGAAAAGCAUCAGCAGCUCCUCCGACGAGGGGAACUUCUCCGCUAACAACUCGGACAUUUCUGGGUCCUUCCCCAGCAAUCUGUGGGAGGUGGAAAAUCAGUCCUGCAUACACUUAGCCCAGAUCAACCCGCAGAUGCUGCGCUCCUUUAAUUCUUCAGAGGGCUUUUCAGAAGCUUCUGAUGACCAGGACUACAGUCUUCUCGAUGAUCCGUGCCCCGAAAGAGACAUUUACUACCUGGGGCAGGUGUCGACUGAGGAGGAGGGGGUGAAGGAAAAGUUCUUGAAAGAGGAUGCACAGGUUCCGUGCCAGGACAGUAGAGAUGAGACAGGACAUGAAGCCAAUCCUUUAUUGAGCUGCCAUUCUCUGCUUCAAUUCAAGAUGAACAAAACAGAUUUACCUCAGAAGAGUAGCAGGUUAUAUAUGCCCCAGUUUCGAGCAGUGUCUAAUGCAAUUCCAAAAAUAACCAAAGCACAAAAAUAAAUGAUACAAAAAAAAAAAGCUUGCUAAGAACUAAACAUUUUAUUUGUUUCAAUUCAAUUCAGAUCAAUUCAAAGGUGAUUUAUUGGCAUGACUAACAUUAACAUAACAACAGAUUUCUAUUUUUCUGUUGUGUGUUUCAGUAUCUGUAAAGUCCUGUGUUACGAUAUGUAAGGUUUGUACCAAACUACUUUCUCAGUGUGCUGUUUUUCUAAUGACAGCAGGAGAUGAUUUUGUCAAAACUUUGAAAAGGCAUAACUUUGUAAUUGUGAUUUUACACAGUGCCUUCUGUGGGAACAGUGUAACUGCAAAACUGGUUGCAUAUCUGGAUUGGAUUCCAUAUAUUUUUGUGAUUAAAAUAAAGCAUUUAUUGUCAAA